GUUUCUGGCCGGCGAUCCCCAGUGGUUCCCCCUCUCGGCUCGGUCUCUUAUCCCAUCUCCCCAGUAAGCUCUCCCAGGAACCACCAUGCCCGGAGCUGAGGAGAAUCCCCCCAGAACCUCUUACCAUGGCAUGUUCAGGAUGUAUCUAGACUCAUCCAGCCCCAGGGGGAAGCAGCCAGCUAGCCCCAGAGCCUCUAACGAGCAGGGGCCACGGAGGGCUGCCAGGGGUCUUCCCAUAAUUGGAGCUAAGCCCCCUUUCGCCUCUUCGACGGAUCUGACAAUCCACAGAGAGACCGAAGCGUUCCUCCCUCACCCUGGGCCGCUCAUGAAGCAAGAACUGAUCUGCAAGUGGACGGACAGCAAAGGACACCCCCGCACCAUCCAGGCUUGCUCCAGCAUUUUCAGCACCAUGUAUGAGCUAGUUCACCAUGUCACCAUGGAGCACGUCGGAGGACCAGACCAUGUGUGUGACUGGGAGGGCUGCGCUCGAGAGAAAAAACCCUUCCGAGCCAAAUACAAACUCAUAAACCACCUCAGAGUGCAUACGGGCGAAAGGCCAUUUCUAUGCCCGUUCCCGGGGUGCGAGAAAGUGUUUGCAAGAUCGGAAAACCUGAAGAUACAUAAGAGAAUCCACACAGGGGAGAAGCCGUUCGUGUGCGGGAUCGCUGGGUGUGCCCGGAGCUUUGCCAACAGCAGCGACAGGAAGAAGCACGCCCACGUGCACUCCAGCGACAGGCCGUACCGCUGCAAAGCCCCCGAGUGCGAGACGUCCGUGUGCCCCUUCCAGCCGCGAGGGCUCGGUCCCGGCUCCGGGUGA